GCCCGCGCUGCUCAGAUCGAAGCUGCUCGCGUUGUGAGCGCAUUCCUGUCGCGCCACGGAACGGGAUAUUUCAGCGAGUUUGGGAUUUUAACUAUGAGUAGGACAUGCCAUCCAAGGAUCACUCGAACGUGAGCCCAGGACGAGGAAUCGAGGUGGAUGUUGGAGUGGAUGACUGUUGUGUGAGAAGGCAAGGAAGCAUUGAAUCAAUAAGGCUUGUCCUGCCUUCCUUACUUAUUUGUUGAGUUCGUUUAAAAGUCCCAGAUUGAAGACUGAUAGCGUGGACCACCACAUCUUUCACUUGUGAGGACCAGCGCAAAUAUGUGGCCUCAGCGGGGGCCACGAUGCAUUAUUAGCCCAAGGACUGUAAUGCUCCUUGGGCUGGUGACAAUUUGCAUUUCCCCCCACCUUUCUGGAGGAGCACCGGAGCCAUUUAAGUCCUUCUUGCCCCCUGAAUGGGGUCUGACGCAUUUAGCCAUCCAUAACAAGACGGGAGAUGUUUACGUUGGCGCGGUAAACUGGAUCUACAAGCUCUCUAGCAACUUGACCAAGUUGAAGAGUCAUGAGACGGGUCCGGUAGUGGACAACGAGAAAUGCUACCCACCUCCAAGUGUACAGUUAUGCCCCCAUGACCUUUCCCCAAAUAGUAAUGUGAACAAACUGCUGCUAAUAGACUAUCCCCAAAACAGACUCAUUGCUUGUGGAAGCACCUCGCAAGGCAUCUGUCAGUUUCUGCGCCUGGAUAACCUUUUCAAGCUUGGCGAGCCACAACACCGUAAGGAACACUACCUCUCCAGCGUCGUUGAGUCGGGAACCAUGUCCGGCGUCAUCAUCUCUGAGGGUCAUGUCAGCAAGCUUUUCAUUGGGACGCCCAUCGAUGGGAAAUCGGAGUACUUCCCAACCCUUUCCAGCCGUAAGUUGAUGGCCAACGAAGAGGAUGCUGACAUGUUCAGCUUUGUCCACCAGGACGAGUUUGUCUCGUCGCAGCUGAAGAUCCCCUCGGAUACACUGUCCAAAUUCCCGGCGUUUGACAUCUACUACAUAUACAGCUUCAGCAGUGAGCAGUUUGUCUACUACUUGACCUUGCAGCUGGAUACCCAACUAACCUCUCCUGAUGCCAGCGGGGAACAGUUCUUCACCUCUAAGAUCGUCCGACUCUGCAUCGAUGACCCCAGGUUCUAUUCCUACGUGGAGUUCCCAAUUGGCUGCACCAAAGAUGGCGUAGAGUAUCGACUGAUCCAGGACGCCUACUUGAGCAAACCCGGAAGGCAACUUGCCAACUCUUUGGGAGUUUCUGAGCAAGAGGACAUCUUGUUUACAGUCUUCUCCCAAGGGCAGAAGAACCGAGCCAAACCCCCAAAAGAGUCAGCACUCUGCCUGUUCACGCUAACCAAAAUAAAGGAGAAGAUCAAGGAAAGGAUUCAGUCGUGCUAUAGAGGAGAGGGCAGGCUGUCUUUGCCCUGGCUACUCAACAAGGAGCUACCAUGCAUCAACUCGCCUCUCCAGAUCGAUGAUAACUUCUGCGGGCAGGAUUUUAACCAGCCUCUAGGGGGCACCAGCACCAUCGAGGGCAUUCCCCUCUUCAUCGACAAAGAUGACGGCAUGACUUCAGUCGCUGCGUACGAUUACCGCGGGAACACGGUGGUCUUCGCAGGAACACGCAAUGGACGGAUGAAGAAGAUUCUGAUUAAUUCUGUGAGCCCGUCCCGACCGGCGCUGGUGUACGAGAGCGUCCCGGUGAGCGAGGGCAGUCCGGUGUUACGGGACAUGCUGUUCAGCCCAGACCUCCAGUUCAUCUACACACUCACCGACAAACAGGUUACGCGUGUGCCGGUGGAGAGCUGUUCCCAGUACACGAGCUGCUCCGAGUGUCUGAGCUCCAGAGAUCCCCACUGCGGCUGGUGUGUCCUUCACAACAUAUGUUCUCGCCGUGAUCGCUGUGAACGAGCCGACGAACCCCAGAGAUUCGCUUCUCGAGCCGAUCAGUGUGUGGAGCUGACGGUCCAGCCCAACAACAUCUCCGUCACCAUGGCCGAGGUCCAGCUGGUCCUGGAGGCCCGCAACGUUCCGGAUCUUUCCGCAGGAGUGGAUUGCUCCUUCGAGGAUUACACGGAGACCGAGGCAACAAUACACGGAUCACGGAUCUACUGCCUCUCUCCCACUGCCAAGGAGCUCGUCCCCAUCACACGCCAACACAGAGACACUCAUGUGGUGAAGCUCUACUUGAAGUCCAGGGAAACGGGGCAGACAUUUGCCAGUGUGGAUUUCACCUUCUACAACUGCAGCAUCCACAGAUCGUGCUUGUCCUGUGUGAACGGCUCGUUCCCGUGUCACUGGUGUAAAUACAGACAUAUGUGCACGCAGAACGCCAACGACUGCUCCUUCCAAGAGGGACGGGUGAACAUGUCAGAGGAUUGUCCUCAGAUCCUUCCGUCCACCCCGAUCUACGUCCCCGUGGGCGUCCCGAAGCCGAUCACGCUGUCGGCCCGAAACCUUCCUCAGCCGCAGUCGGGUCAGAGGAACUACGAGUGUGUGUUUCACAUCCAGGGCGAAACACACAGUGUGACGGCGCUGCGCUUCAACAGCUCCAGCAUCCAGUGCCAGAAAACCACUUAUAACUAUGAAGGAAGUGACAUCAGCGAUCUCCCCGUCGAACUGUCUGUGGUGUGGAACGGAAACUUCAUCAUCGACAACCCUCACAACAUGCAAGCGCACCUCUACAAGUGCUUCGCUCUGAGAGAGAGCUGUGGUGUGUGUCUGAAGGCCGAGCCCAGCUUCGACUGUGGCUGGUGUGUGCAGGACCGGAAGUGUUCGCUGCGGCAGGAAUGCGCUCAGCCGGAGAACACGUGGAUGCACGCCAGCGCCGGGAACAGCCGCUGCACACACCCGCGCAUCACCAAGUUGUUUCCUGAGACCGGUCCACGGCAGGGCGGAACCAGACUGACCAUCACCGGGGAGAAUCUGGGCCUUCAGUUUAAAGACAUCCAGAACGGCGUGCGGAUCGGGAAAGUGGCCUGUACGCCCAUCGAGGAGGAAUACAUCAACGCUGAGCAGAUUGUGUGUCGUUUGGCCGAUGCCACAGGUUACCGUGUGCAGGAGGCUCAGGUGGAAGUGUGUGUGCGAGACUGUCUGCCGGAGUACAGGGCCGUGUCUCCUAAAGCCUUCACGUUUGUGUCGCCGUACUUCUCACGUGUGCUGCCGUCGUACGGGCCGAUCUCUGGAGGAACGAGGAUCACGAUCCACGGCAGUCAUCUGAACGCGGGCAGCGCCGUCUCCAUCAAGAUCGGCCUCAACACCUGCCGCUUCCUCAGGCGCAGCGCCCGUGAGAUCGUGUGUGUGACUCCAGCAGGACUGGGUUCAGGCGGGACGCCGGUGAUGGUGGAUAUAAACGCAGCCGAGCUCAGAAACCCUGAGGUGAAGUUCAACUACACGGAGGAUCCCAGCGUCCUGAAGAUCGAGCCCGACUGGAGCAUCGCCAGCGGUGGAACCCCGUUAACCGUCACCGGCACAAACCUCGCCACCGUCAGAGAGCCGGAGAUGAGAGCCAAGUACGGCAGCGUCAGUGCCGUCAACAACUGUACUGUGCUGAACAACACUGUGAUGGUGUGUCUGGUGCCGUCCGUGGCCGGUUCUGAAAGAGGUUUCUCAGAGGUGGGCAGCGGGCCGGAUGAGAUCGGGUUCAUCAUGGAUAACGUUCAGACGCUCCUGGUAGUGAACGAGACCUUCAGUUUCUACCCCGAUCCUGUGUUUGAACCCUUCGGUCCGUCCAUGCAGGAGCUCAAACCCGGUUCUCCUCUCAUACUGAAGGGCAGGAAUCUGAUUCCUUCGGCUGCUGGCAACCACAGGCUGAACUACACCGUCCUGCUCAGCGACAAGCCGUGUGUGUUGACCGUCUCAGAGACGCAGCUGCUGUGUGAAUGGCCAGAUCUCACCGGCCAGCAUAAAGUGACCAUCCUGGCCGGAGGUUUCCGCUACUCUCCGGGAACCCUGCAGAUCUACUCUGACAGCUUGCUGACUCUUCCCGCCAUCAUCGGGAUCGGGGGAGGAGGAGGCCUUCUUCUGCUCGUCAUCAUCAUCAUCCUCAUCGCCUACAAGCGCAAAUCCCGCGACGCGGAUCGAACGCUCAAGCGGCUGCAGCUGCAGAUGCACAACCUGGAGUCCAGAGUCGCCCUGGAGUGCAAAGAGGCGUUUGCCGAGCUGCAGACCGAUAUCCAUGAGUUGACUCAGGAUCUGGACGGAGCUGGAAUACCGUUCCUGGAUUACCGCACGUAUGCCAUGAGAGUGCUUUUCCCAGGAAUAGAGGACCAUCCGGUGCUGAAGGAGAUGGAGGUGCCGGCGAACGUGGAGAAGUCUUUGACUCUGUUCGGGCAGCUCUUGAAUAAGAAGCACUUUCUGCUGACGUUCAUCCGUACGCUAGAGGCUCAGCGCUCGUUCUCCAUGCGGGACCGAGGGAACGUGGCUUCUCUCAUCAUGAGCGCCCUGCAGGGAGAGAUGGAGUACGCCACCGGUGUCCUGAAACAACUGCUGUCCGACCUCAUCGACAAGAACCUGGAGAGCAAGAACCACCCCAAACUCUUGCUCAGAAGGACUGAAUCUGUGGCUGAGAAGAUGCUAACAAACUGGUUUACUUUCCUCCUCUUCAAGUUUCUUAAGGAGUGUGCCGGCGAGCCUCUCUUCAUGCUGUAUUGUGCUAUAAAGCAGCAGAUGGAGAAGGGUCCCAUCGACGCCAUCACCGGAGAGGCCAGAUACUCCCUCAGCGAGGACAAACUCAUCCGACAGCAGAUCGACUACAAAACACUGACGCUGCACUGCAUUAACCCAGAGGACGAGAACGGCGUGGAGGUCACCGUUAAAUGCCUGAACUGCGACACCAUCACACAGGUCAAAGAGAAACUGCUGGACGCCGUGUUUAAAGGCACUCCGUACUCGCAGCGGCCGAAAGUCGGAGACAUGGACCUCGAGUGGCGGCAGGGUCGCAUGGCUCGCAUCAUUCUCCAGGACGAGGACGUCACCACUAAGAUCGACAACGACUGGAAGCGUCUCAACACACUGGCACACUAUCAGGUAACAGAUGGGUCAGCGAUCGCAUUGGUCCCCAAGCAGAACUCCGCCUACAACAUCUCCAACUCCUCGACGUUCACCAAAUCCCUCAGCAGAUAUGAGAGCAUGCUGAGAACCGCCAGCAGUCCCGACAGCCUUCGCUCGCGGACGCCCAUGAUCACACCUGACCUGGAGAGCGGGACCAAACUCUGGCACCUGGUGAAGAACCACGACCACAUGGACCAGAGGGAGGGCGACCGCGGCAGCAAGAUGGUGUCCGAGAUCUACCUGACGCGCCUGCUGGCCACCAAGGGGACACUGCAGAAGUUUGUAGAUGACCUGUUUGAGACCAUCUUCAGCACAGCUCACCGGGGCAGCGCUCUUCCUCUGGCCAUCAAAUACAUGUUCGACUUCCUGGACGAGCAGGCCGACAGGCACGUGAUCUCAGACCCGGACGUCCGGCACACGUGGAAGAGCAACUGUUUGCCGUUGAGGUUCUGGGUGAACGUGAUCAAGAACCCUCAGUUUGUGUUCGACAUCCACAAGAACAGCAUUACGGACGCGUGUCUGUCUGUGGUGGCUCAGACCUUCAUGGACUCCUGCUCCACAUCCGAGCACAAGCUGGGCAAAGACUCGCCAUCCAACAAGCUUCUCUACGCCAAAGACAUCCCCAACUACAAGAACUGGGUGGAGAGGUAUUACUCGGAUAUCUCGCGGAUGCCUGCGAUCAGUGAUCAGGAUAUGAGUGCGUAUCUGGCUGAACAGUCUCGUCUGCACUUAAGUCAGUUCAACAGCAUGAGCGCGCUGCACGAAAUCUUCUCCUACAUCACCAAAUACAAGGACGAGAUCCUGUCAGCGCUGGAGAGAGACGAACAGUCCCGUCGGCAGAGACUGAGGUCGAAACUGGAGCAGGUGAUCGACACCAUGGCUCUCUCCAGCUGAUCAGCUGUGGUGUCGACGUUUGCGUUGUUUUUGGAUGAUUUGUUGUCGAGUGCGGUGGACGUUUUCACACAACACGGACAAAGACGCUCUUUCCUGUUUUGAAGAGACACCGAGGACGUUUGGGACCUCCAGUGAAGUCACGUGACUGUGUCACGAGCCAAUGAUCGCGGCGGAUCAAAGGACACCGAUUGCGUGUUUACGAUGUUUUAUUAAUUUGUACAAAUGUUUUCGACUGGCCCUCUCCGCUCUCUUCGCCACUUGUGUUUCUGCUGAAUUUGCACAGCGAGCAGCCGCCUCCAUCUCUCAAGAACACUCAGUGUCGACGGAGGGGACUUUGACUUUACGCAAUGACAAAUGGAAGGAAAAGAAAAAAAUGACAAAAAUAUGAAUAAAAAUCUUGUCUUGUGCCAUGUUUUAUUUGAAUGUUGUUUAAUGCUGAAAUGGUUUGUGAAGUAGGAAUGUGUUCUAAUGAAAAUAGUGACGACAGAGGAGAUGAUUCUUCCAAAAAAUGUUUUAUUUUGACUGAACUGCGAAGCUUUAAGGACUAUUUCAUCUUGAUUUCAGACUCGACUCUUCAUACGCGUGCGCUCCGAUCCGACAAAUCCCUACGUUUACUGAGCCUGAGCUCAAAGAAACGAGUGGAGAGGAGGCCGAGCGAGUGGUUUCAGAUCCACGAGUCGGUGAAUCGAUACUGAGGAAGGAGACGCUCGUUCAUCAGAACAGAGAAACGGCCUUUUGUCUUUUAACGAGACGGACCUGAUUUGGACUGAUCAGUCGCUGUGGAUUAAGAGGACAUCGAAUCAUUUGUUUCCUCUUGAACCCGAGAUCCAUCAUGCAUGAGCCGAUGUUUCAGUGUUUAUCGCUUCAUAACGCAUUAAAGUGGGACGAGCCGGUAUGACACGGAGAGAAAGAUCCUCAGUAUCAGAGCUAGUUUCUCUAUUUUUCGACGAGUCUCCUCUGAAGGUUUUUUUGACCUGUUUCUCGUAUCAUCUUCAACUUGAAGACCCCGUGAGGUCAACAUCUAUUCGGUUUGAGUGCGUUACGGUAUAUGAUAACGGACUCCUGAAAAAUGGCCAAAUUAAAGAGGUUUAGCAUUUAAAUUAGCAGGAAAUUAGACUGAAAAUAUUGGUGAUUUUGCCGUUUUUCCUGUCUAAAAGUAAUGAGACGAAUGUUUUGAGAAGUGUGUCAGCUGCUCUCUCACCACAAUAUCAGUCUAAAAGUCUUUUCACACCAAGAACGAUAACUGUAUUGGCAUCUACACCAAUGGACAUAGAUAGCAUUGUUUAUUCCAAUCAUGCACUUCUGAAAUAAAAUCUUUAAAUAGGCCGGAUUUUGAUUGGCUGUCAAUGUUUUCGUUCAUUCAAGUGAUUCCAAUUAUGUGUUUCCUCAUCAUUCUUGGAGUGAACAAACCUCAACCGGUUUAUUUUAACGGUUGUGACUAGAUUAGACUGAUAGUGAUGUCAUUAUCAGUGACGUCAUGCAUUUUUCCCGUCUUCAUUUUAACCCUGAAGAUUAAACUUUGACUUGGUUUGCUUUGACUGACGUGAAUCUGUCGUUCAGUGAGCUUGUUCACACACACACUCACGGUUGGUUGUGUUAGGAGUGUAAAUGCAGUGUACCUUCUUCUGAUCAGUCGGGUUUGACUUCACGUGCUUUAAACGGUUUGUCGUUUCUUGACGGAGAACUGGUUUGCUGAUGAUCUGGACGUUGCGCUUCUUCCCAGGGACUUUCAAUGUUUACACCUGAAUGUCAAAUCACAUGUACAAAAAAAAGAGUCACAUUGUGUUUUAAUUUAUUUAUAUUUUGAUCCUGUGUUUCUUAAAUGUCUAAACUGGUGCUUCUCAAGUGUUCUCUGCUCUUCUCUUAUGUGUUCCUGUAAUGGCUUCUCCACUUCUCAUGAAUCUGCUCUUUAACUCGAGAUCUCCAUGAAAACAUGCAAUAAUAUUGCAGCACAGAAACUCGAACCUCAUCCCUCCUUUGCGUCAUUUCUUUCCUGUAAUUUCUGAACAGUAUUGAAGUAUCUUUCCUUCAGACCUGAACACAAUGCAGAGAUGAAGCGAGAUGGAUUGUGUUGUUGGUGAAGCUGAAAUAAUGAAUAAUUCUGAUUCUGUCACUGGUAUCUAUUCAUGUGUAAAUAUUUGUUUUUUAUUUUGCAGAUUUACUACUUGUAAAUAAACUGGCAUCAAGGAGAGAUUAAACAUGUUUUUGCUAAAACUC